AGUCCUUCUUGCCCUGCCCCACCUAGACAGCUGUGACUGGCUUGGAGGAGAAAAGCUAACAAAACAUUCAGAACCUGGGACUGAUCCAGUAGGAACACAGCAAAAACACCUGAAAAAAAUGGCCGUAGACCUUCGGCGAUCCUUUCCUCUCCUACUGCUGCUGGGGCUGUGGGAGCCAGUGUGUCCACUUGGGACGCAGCCUAAGGGUCUCACCAAGGCUCGCUGGUUUGAAAUUCAGCAUGUACAGAUAAGUCCUCAGCAGUGCAACACAGCAAUGCGUGGUGUCAACAAUUACACCCGGCACUGUAAGCAGAAAAACACCUUUCUGCACGAAUCCUUUGAGAACGUGGCUGCUACCUGCGCUUUGCCCAACAUCACCUGCAAGAACGGUCGAAGGAACUGCCACGUGAGUGCAAAGCCUGUCAGCAUGAUUGACUGUGCGCACACUGGGGAAACCUAUCCACACUGUCGCUACAGAGGUGCUGUGCAGUACAAAUACUUCAUUGUGGCCUGUGAGCGUCCCAAGAAGGAUGACCCCCCUUACCAGCUGGUUCCUGUGCACUUAGAUGAGAUUGUCUAAGGCUUAGGGCACGUGUCUUCUGGUUGACACAGGUUCUCUUACUGUUUAUUCCCACUUCGCCUUUUCCUCCUACCGAGAAAAGGAAGGCACUGAAAGAAUUAGAAAGCCUAAGCUAUCAGAAGAGUCAAGGCAAAAAGAAAUAAGGUACGUGGGUUCCGAUGUAACUCAGUAACUGAACACUUGCUUAGUGCACAAAGGCCCCUGGGUUCCAUCACUGGUCCCCACCCCCCCAAAAAAGAAGAAAAAAAAGUCCAAGCAGCUGAACAAUGUAUCCUGUUAUGUUUUUGGAUCAAGCUUUAUUGUACUAUGCUCAUAGAAAUAAAAUCAUUUCCUUUUUCAGUA